AUGGCAAUCACAGCCCAUGAAAGCACUGUCUCGGAAGACGCGUCAGUCGAUGGGUCUAUGCCAAUGCCACACGACAUGAGCUCUCAGGCGAUCAAUCAGUUGCACCAAGAGAUCAUCUCCCUUCAGGCACAAAAAGGGGAUUCAAUACGACUUCUCGACAAAGCACAGGUCUCUGCAAUACCUGACAAUGGACUUCAUCACAUCAAUUCGAUCGUUUGGGAACUUGAAAGGCCAACUGAAGACGGAUCCUUUUCGUCAUCAGAUCGACCUUUUGUUUUGACGAUCCUUUCUCAGAAUGAUCGGGUAGAUCGUGCCAAACUCCAAGAGGUAUUCGACCAAGCUUCUAAUGGUGAUAGUAAUCGCUUUUUCCCAGCCAAUACAAGGCUCAAGCUAGCCCCGUCUGAUGAACUGCCUUCAAUAUGUGGAUUCCCUUCCGGAAGUGUACCUCCUUUGGGGUUGACGCCAUCGCCACAGUUGGUUCUUGUCGAAGAGGCCUUGGUUAAAUACAUAUCCUCCAUGUCGAACAGAAAUAUGAUGCUCAUUGGUGGGGGGGGAACACCUAAUCAAUCAACAGUUCUACCGCUUCAAACUCUGUUGGCCGGGAUGGUGUCCAACGUGCGAACGGGAUCCUUUCGACGGACAAGUGACGUUUCAACCAUCACCGAUUCGGCAUCACACUUGAAUGGAUCUUCACCUGCGCCUCAAAGCUCAAUAUCCAGUCGAAAAUGGAAGCCAUUUUUUUGCGUCGAGCCUCCUGAUACAGAGGAAGCAAUGGCAAUAUUACAAGGGAAAGACUCGCGAAAGGCAAAUCACUCGGAGUACUACACUGGCAACGCCAACGAUAGCAGCAACUCGGACGAAACAUCAAAUUUGUCUCCGCAAGCCUUUACUGCUAUUGGGAUGAUAUCCGGUGUUCGACGAAUUGCUCGACAAUUGGUCUUUGCCGACUUUUCGCCUCCGCCACAAUAUCAUACCAAACAUGAUGAUGAGUUUCACGACCAGAACGAGGAAGAUGAUCGUCCAUGGCGGAAUCCAAGAACCAAGGAAGAUAUGGCGGUGCAAUUGGUGCUGGGGAAGACCAUCAUGAACAACCUUGGCGAGGAGGACGGCGAAGUGGCACUUCGGAUGUUGAAGAAAAACCAACUGAUUCUGGUUCAUGGACUAACCAAUGUAGACAACCUCAACAGUUUGCUCAAUUGGACCAGCAAAAUGAGUCUCGAUGUGCGUGUGACCGACUAUCAAGUUCUACAACCGGCUCAGGAUGAAGUCGCACCAAAAAAGAGUGACGUUGGAUUUCAGUGGGAACAAGGUUGGACUGGCAACAAACGAAUACCAAAACGGAGCAAGUAUGUUGCUGCAAAAGAGAAAGUAGCUGAGCCCUCUGAUCCAAACAUGGAAUUGCUUCAGUUGAAAGAUCUCUACGAUGAGAACGAGAAGCCCGUUGUCAUUGCUGAUUCAACAGCCUCUGUUGAAGGUAUGCAUCGAGAUAUUUCAAAGUGGCUUGAAGACAAUCCAGAACUCAAUGGUUUUGUUGGAAUCGACUGCGAGUGGAAACCAACAUUCCUUGCAGCUCAGGGUGAGCCACAGCCCGUUCUGUUGAUGCAAGUUUGCGUUCACCCAAUUCGAAAGAUCUAUCUUCUGGAUCUGCAAACGCUGCUUCGGCCAUUUAUGUCAAAGGGAUCACCAAAGACUGAUUUCGAAGACGCUGUUUCCGGGGUGCUCGAGACUCUAUUCCAGGAGAAACGGCUCAUCAAGACUGGGUUCAAGGUAUUAAACGACUUUCGACGUCUUUCAGCAAGCUAUCCUCACAUGACCGAAUUUCACGAGAUCCAUUCCGUAGUUGAGUUGAGUAGAACUGCCAUGAGAGUACUGCAGUUGACAAAACGAGCAAACAUUGCAGCCAAAUCUACAUCAUCGUUGGCAAAAAUGUCAGAAUUCUUCCUCAAGAAAAGCUUGGACAAAACAGAGCAGACAUCGGAUUGGUCAUCCCGCCCAAUGACGCUUUCACAAAUUGAGUAUGCCGCCCUAGACGCGAUUAUCACACCAUAUCUAUUGGAGCAUUUGCUAUCAUUGGUCGAGGGAACGAUAGACCAAUUUCCAACAUUGGGCCGAUGGGAAAACGACACCGCUUUUGCUGACGCGAUCAAAUCUUGGAAAAUGAUUGUUCUAAACCACAGUGACGAUUCCGUGGCGAUAAGGCGUCUAAACGCGCAACGAACGGUGGGCUCGUCGUUUGUUCUAGCACAAUCGUGGACGACCGGGGAUGAGCCACCAAAAGAACCAAAUGCCCCUGACGAUGAUAAAGCACCAUUUGUUGAUGUCCAUGGAAUGACCCGGAUACCAUCGCCAACUGUGUCAAUACCCCAUGAUUUCUUAGAGCGUGUGAUGGCGAGAUUGAUUGGCGAACGAGUGUCAAAGUCAAAAGAUGGGUGCCUUUCAGAGCUGCUUGCCAACCAAGCGAUACUGGACCUUCCCAAUCAUCGUCUUGAUUUCCCGCAGCGUGCUGGAUAUGUUGAAUUUGCAAAUGCUGUAGCACUCUUUGUGACAAUGCCAUUUCGACCCGGGCAACUUCGCAAGUAUCCAAACGAUUGGAUAUAUGAUGGGACUGCGUUGAGCUGGUUCAUUCAUGAUGAUGAAUGGAAGAAUGGAAGCAGCCGACUUGCGACAAAGAUGCUUGGCACGAACGACCAAACUGAGGCGUCCAUCAUUUUGUUUGUAAGACGAGGAAAGGAACCCUUUGUUUGUUGUGGGCGUUGUUCUGCUGAGUUUCGAGCGAACGAAGACGUCAGAUUUGGAAAUGUUCUAAAGGUGACCCUGCACCUCAAGGAACACGACAAGCUUCUGUCGUCUGGUGACUUUCAAAACCUGCAAUACAUGUGA